AUGCUUGAGAGAUUCUGCCAGAGCAGCGGGCUGCUGCCAGCGUUGCAGCAGAUCAUUCUCCUGGAAGGCAAUCUGGAAGGCCUGGUCGAAUAUGGUGCUGCGGUGAAUAUCGGCGCAAGGCUACCUGCAGACCCUGUCAAGAAGAUUCAACAAGGGCUGAGCCCGUACUCGACUUGUAACCUUCAAUUUACCAGCGGUUCGACUGGGAAUCCCAAGGCAGCUAUGCUGACACACCAUGGACUGUUGAAUAAUGCCCGAUUUAUCGGAGACCGCAUGAAUCUUACGGAAAACGACAUUCUUUGCUGUCCACCUCCGCUUUUCCACUGCUUUGGCCUGGUUCUCGGUUUACUGGCAACAAUCACACACGGAGCGAACAUUGUCUACCCGUCCGAGGUUUUUGACGGCCCGUCGGUGCUCCAAGCCAUCACCGACGAGAAAUGCACUGCGUUGCAUGGCGUCCCGGCGAUGUUCGACACCUUGUUCAGCUUGCCCCGACCUGCCAACUUUGACUGCAGUCAAUUACGAACGGGAAUUAUCGCGGGAGCUCCAGUGCCACGGCACCUCAUGGAGCUGCUGGUCAACGACUUUGGUAUGACAGAGUUUACGUCAUCCUACGGUUUGACCGAAGCCAGCCCAACAUGCUUCAAUGCUACCGUGUACGAUACUAUUGAUCGACGACUGACGACCGUCGGCACACCGAUGCCGCACGCCCAUGCCAAAAUCGUUGAUCGAGAAGGCAAGAUCGUUCCGGUAGGCACCCGUGGAGAGCUGUGUAURGCUGGAUACCAGUUGCAAGUUGGGUACUGGCAGAAUCCAGAAAAGACGGCCGAGGCGAUGAUCCGAGAUGAUGAUGGCGUGCUGUGGUUACACACUGGUGACGAAGCUGUGUUCGACCAGUAUGGCUAUUGCAGCAUCACUGGAAGAUUCAAAGACAUCAUCAUAAGAGGUGGGGAAAACAUAUAUCCUUUGGAGAUUGAGGAGCGGCUUGUUCAGUAUCCAGCUGUUCAGCAAGCCAUUGUGGUGGGCUUGCCGCAUCCUAGAUACCAGGAGGUCCCGGUUGCCUUUCUCCAGCGCAGAGACGGAGCCCAACGGCCAAGCAUCGAAUCGCUGCAAGAAUGGACGCGGCUCACGCUCGGAAGACACAAGGCUCCGACAAAGGUUUUCUGGCUCGGUGAAGAUGGCGUGCCUGCGGACGUUCCAAUGACGGGCAGCGGAAAGGUCCAGAAAUUCAAGUUGCGUAGUAUUGCACAACAGUUAAUGAGGCCAGCCAAGCUGUGA